AUACAUUCUCUCAGUUUAAACUUUUGAUCUGUGAUUUGUGUUCUAUUCUGAAUAACAUAUUUGAUGUUGGCACCUCCACAUCAUUGCAUUCAAUUUUUGUUCACAAUUUGUUUAGUGUCCCAACUUUUUUGGAAUCCGGUUUGUAUCUAGUAGAAAAGAAAGCAAGGCACUAAAAUUUUACAUAACACACCAACACUCAGUCCUCAAUUUGGAGAAAAGGAGAGCAGAUUUCAAGAAAUGUGUCUGAUCAAUUGAGAAAAACUGUUUACUGUCCACACUCCAGUCCAGUUGGUGGCGGUAAUGCAGCAUCAUAGUUGGUCUGCCAGCAGCUACAAAACACCAGAAGAGGAAGAAGAAGAGUCAGCGGUCGAAGAAGAAACGCUACGCGAACGUUUGAUCAAAGAUCCUUACUAGAACAUGGCGGUCAAGUCAGGGGAUGAGCGACUGAAGGAGAUGGAGGCUGAGAUGGCUCUUUUUGAGCAGGAGGUUCUUGGUGGAUCAGUACCAAUAUCAGGAAGUCCUCCUUUCAUUGAGCCGAUACCUGUAGCCCUGGCUGUCCCAGCUGUGUCAAUAGUGCGACCCAUUAUAGGAACGAACACCUACAGACAGGUCCAGCAGACAUUAGAGGCCAGAGCAGCUAGUUUUGUUGGGCCUCCACCACCAGCAUUUGUGGGACCAGUUCCUCCAGUUCGUCCUGCUCCACCUCCCAUUAUGAGACCAGCCUUUGUCCCACAUAUUCUGCAGAGACCAGGUGGUCAGAGAAUGCCAGUGAUGCGAGGUCCUCCAGUAGCACCUCCUUUGCCGCGACCUCCUCCACCUCCUCCGAUGAUGGUUCCACCAUCUCUGCCAGGCCCAAUACCUCAGGGUGCCACACCGCCCAUUCAGCACAUAUCAGCUGCUUCUCAGGUUGGUGACAUGGUCAAUGUUCCAAUGGUGCCCGCUUCUUCUCCAAGACCAGUAAACCCGUCUUUGGUCAAACCAACACCGUCAAUCAUCCAGGCAGCACCAACUGUGUACAUGGCUCCUCCUGUCCCUGUUGUCCAGAGAAAACCUGAUGUUCAGGCCCAGAGACAAGCCAGAAUGGAAGAGCUCGCAGCACGAGUGGCAAAGCAGCAGGCUGCCGUGAUGGCAGCAGGUCUGCUUGACAAGAAGGAGGUCGAUGAGAGCAGCUCUGUCAUUGGCCCAAGCAUGCCAGAGCCUGAGCCCCCACACGCUGAGGUAACGCCUCUGGAAAGUGUCACAGAGGACAAAAAGAAAGCAAAAAACGAGAAGGUGAAGAAGUGCAUCCGCAUAGCUGCAGGAACAACAUGGGAGGACCCCAGUUUGUUAGAGUGGGAGUCAGAUGAUUUCCGUAUAUUCUGUGGAGAUCUUGGCAAUGAGGUCAACGAUGACAUCCUGGCCAGAGCCUUCAGCAGAUAUCCAUCUUUCCUUAAAGCAAAAGUCGUCAGGGAUAAACGGACUGGAAAAACAAAAGGUUACGGCUUUGUCAGCUUUAAAGAUCCAAAUGACUACGUUAGAGCCAUGAGAGAAAUGAACGGGAAGUAUGUUGGGAGUCGUCCUAUCAAACUGAGAAAAAGUAUGUGGAAAGACCGCAAUAUUGAAGUGGUCCGCAAGAAACAGAAAGAGAAGAAGAAGCUUGGCCUCCGAUAGUGUUUAAGCGCCUGGAGAUGUGCCUGUGUGUACUUAUCAGAUUAUCAGACCCAGUCUUGAGGAGUAACAGAGCCAUCUCAGAGUUCCUGGUUAGGAAUGUGGAGUCAGUAAAGGUUAGGAAAAGUCGACGCUUAUUUUAUUGUUCUCACGAGGAUAGCAGCACAUGAAAGUAGGUUUCUUUACAAGAGAAGUCUCUCUGUAUAUGUGGACUCAGUGGUGGUUUUAAUCUCUCAAAUAAAACUUAUGUUGUCUUAAA